AUGGGCCCUGCUGAAAGAACUAAGACACCGUUUAUCUUCACCGAUGGGAGUGGUAAGGCAGAACCGGCAAUGCGGAAGCUCAUCAGGAAAUACGUCAUGCUUGGAAAGAACCGAGGCAAAACCCGGAAUCUCAACACUAACAAAAUGAAAAACCCUUAUUAUUCUGAGAAAUCCAAUGGGUAUCACGAUGGACCUUCAAGCCUACUGAUCAAAAUGCGCUACUCUAUGAUUCCAAACAAAGUUGGUUCUGAGCUGUCCUUCACACAGUUUGCCGCCGCCGUGGAGCCGCCGCUGCUACACGACCUUUUGAAAUUUUCGUUCAUGGCGAAGAGAAUAAUGUACCCACUUGAGAGGUAUAUUGUUUUCCAUAGAAAGACCAAUGUCGACACGUCAUGGUUCGAGCUCUUGACCUUCGAUGCCGCCUACCUGCAUGCAGCAGUCUUCGCGUCCCAGGCCUAUAUUUCCCUCAUAUCCACGGGGGAAAAUCCUGCAGCGGCCAGACAAGCAAUCGUCCACCAUUCUGCAGCUCUUCGCUUACUUCGAGAGAGACUAUCGAUUUCAAAUAGAGAGAGCAAGGUCUCGGAUUCAACGGUGCUCGUGGUGUUAUAUUUAGCCCUGCACGCUCAUUUUAUGAUUGACUACAACACCGCAAAACAUCACAUGGAGGGGCUGCGCAACAUUGUUGAUAUGAGAGGUGGUUUAUUCUCUUUCAGCUAUAACACUAAGCUGAUCAUUGAGCUGCUGAAAUGUGAUUUGGGAAUCGCGCUUAAUAAUGGCACGAAGCCAACGUUCUUCAAUGACCGCCCUUCAGAACCUCUAAUGCCGUAUAUCUUGCCAACGUUGGCGGCGGAAGAGCCAGACCAUGCGACAACUAGGCGUUAUUGGAAGCCGGUCCAGUUAGGGAUCAGUAUAGACUUGGUCCAGGCAUGGACGUUUUUAAAGAGAUUCUGUUCAACGAUAAACUCUGCAGCCGAGCACAAGCGUCAGCUACCUAAGGAGACCUUGCUAAAGGCAAUGGCUGCCCUGAUGUACCGCUUGAUUUGGAUGAACAGCUUCGACCCCACCUCUCUUGAUGAAGCGGUCCGCCUUAGCCUCCUUGCCUUCUCGUCUAAUAUCUUCCUUGACUGGCAAAAUGUGAAACCGUCACAUGCAUACCUCCGCCAUACCUAUCAAAACUGUCUCCUAAAUCUCAGCUUACCGAGCGCCCUAUCGCCGCAAUUUCUUCUCUGGAUGCUCAUGAUAGGCUCUCUAUCGACCUUCAACCCAGCGGAUGCUGCUUGGCUCAUGCCAUGGAUGCGAGUCACUAUCGAGUUAUGCGAAGCACAUACCUGGAGUCAGCUGCACAGACAGCUAAAGGCAUUUCCUUGGAUCGAUGUCUUGCACGAUAAACCAGCGCGUGCGAUGUUUGAUGCCGCGUUAUCGUCGCAGACCAGUGCUGGAAGAGCGUCGCCCGGCUAA